UCCAGAGGGCUAGCGCGCGCAUUUUCGAUCGUCGACCGUCAGCCAGCACAUACCUUUUUCUCAAAGCGAGCGCGCGUGUUUGAAACAAGUUCCGAUUUAAAAGAGAAACGAACAAAUUUCUAAAUUAUCGUUUUAAACCGUUUAAAAUUGCCAUUGAAUUAAAUUAGGACGAAAUACUUUAAGAACGAUGAAGAGAUAUCUAGAAUUUAAUUACCGAUAAAAUCAUAACUUAAAGAUAUCGAAAUAUAUAACAUGUAAUGUUCCAACUAUUAAAUAUUUAUAGUUGUCGCGUUAUUGCAACACGUAAGUGCUAUACACAAUGGUCGUUAUUUCAGAUCGAUUAAUACAUAUGUAACAAGUAUCGUUAAACAGUGACACGUCCUCGAUGCGUUACAAUCGAAAGCGAGGGUUUCCAGUUGCGUUCAUCGAAGUUCCGUCGGAUGAUGUGCCCGAGACGAAGUGAAAAGUAAUUUUUCUCAAGACUUAAGAACCGAGCGAACCUAAUACGAGGAACGUUAAGUGCGAAAGACUGUGAAAUAUCUAUUAUUUUUGUUGCGGUAUAGGUGGAAAAAUAUUUUUAUCAACAUCUUGUAAAAACUUUGCUCUUAAACGUUCGUAAGAUGGGACGGUUAAAAAUGGUGUAAAGCAACGAUCGAAAGUAACGAUGUAAUCGGUAGAAUUAGUUGAUACGUAAAGAGAUUAACAAUAAUAUUCGAUGGAAUUCCGCGAACGACCGAAGUGCGUCAAGUGCCGACGGCUUGAUCAAAGUGUUCGCUCUUUGAGACGUCCCCGCUGCCAAAAUCACUUUCGCACCGAGGGUGACUAAUUGACUCUUUCCCCGGUGGAACGCUGGUGAGAGUAUGGGUUUAUUCGAAGACAACAAUUCUUCUUCAGAUACUCUAGACCUCAGCUCGCACAAUCACUAUCCUCUAAACGGUAAUUCUGUCGCUAGUACGUCCGGCCCGCAGGAAGUCGUAAUGAAGGAGAAAAGCAAGAAGGCAGCGCGAAUCCGCCGCAACAAUGAGAAUCAAGAGUAUCUGGAACUCGCAAAGCUAUUGCCUGUACCAGCAGCCCUCACGGGCCAAAUGGACAAGGCUAGUGUCAUUCGAUUGACGACUAGUUACUUGAAGAUGCGAGCGUUGUUCCCAAACGGGCUCGGAGAAGAAUGGGGCGCUUCCCAGCCAGGCAACAUAUCCCUGCAAAUCGCCCUCAAGGAGGUGACUAGUUAUAUUUUGCAAGCCUUGGACGGUUUCGUGUUUGUGCUGGCACCUGAUGGAAAAAUUAUGUACAUAAGCGAAACUGCUAGCGUGCAUUUGGGAAUGGCACAGGUGGAAUUAACGGGUAACAGUAUCUUUGAGUACAUCUACCAGAACGAUCACGCUGAAAUGUUAUCGGUCCUAAACCUACCACAGAGCCCGGCGGAUCUCGCUGGUUUCACUUUUCCGCCUGCAAACUCGAGAGGCGAAAUCGAACUGGAACGCGUCUUUAUCCUGAGAAUGAAGUGCAAUUUGGCGAAGAGAUGCGCGGGACUAGUCACGGAGGGAUACAAGGUGAUACAUUGUUCCGGCUAUCUAAGGUGUAUCGUAGAAGGACCGGUAGGCUCGGAAUACGAAGACGGCGCAGGUCGACACUGUAUUCGAAAAGUUGGUCUACUAGCGGUGGGUCAUUCUCUACCGGGACGUUGUCUCACAGAAGUGAAACUAUAUCAGAACAUGUUCAUGUUUCGUGCGUCGUUGGACUUGAAGUUAAUCUUCGUGGACGCGAAUGUAUCGCAACUGACUGGCUAUGAUCCACCGGAUCUGAUCGAGAAGACGCUGUAUCACUAUGUGCAUGGUUGCGACAUGAUGCAGCUGAGGCAUGCUCAUGGAACCUUAUUGUACAAGGGCCAAGUGAUAACCAAGUACUACAGGUUUCUGACGAAAUCAGGAGGAUGGGUUUGGAUGCAGUCGUACGUCACGAUAGUGCACAAUUCCCGAAGCUCCCGGCCUCAUUGUAUCGUGUCGGUCAACUACGUGUUGACGAAACCAGAGAACACGGACCUGUUGUUGAAUUGCGAGCAAAAGUCCUACUGCUCCAACUCGAGCAAUCCUCCCAACACCCCUCUAUCGACACAGACCACCAGCGGAAGCAUCAACGACCUGGACAAUCACAGCCCCCGUUCACCGGCGUAUCGAACCAGAUCAAAAGAAUCGCCUGAUAACGAUUACGCAAACGGUGCCACUUAUCCUAGACCCGAGUACGUUGACCUGACGAAUCACAAUCAUUAUCUGUCGCCGUCUUAUCAGCCGCAAAACGUAAACAGCAGCUCUCACGAAGACAAUCUAAAAUACAACUCCGACUGGUUUUACCAAUAUGGAGAUAUGCAUCAAGACCCAUUAGCUUCGGUAUCGCAGCAACAGGAAGCGCAACAUCCUCACCCUAUGCAUCACGCAAACUCCCCAUCGAACCUGCAGCAACACAGUCCCCAAAACGCUCAACAGAAACACCAGCACUCCCCUCAUCUACUAGAUCAUUCGACGCCUCCAUCAAACCUGCCACAACCGCAGCCACAACCACAGACACAAGCUCAACAGCAGCAAGCACCACCGCAGCAGCAGCAACAACACAGUCCUCAAAGUAGCCAACAGAACAGACCUUACUCCACCUCGUCGAGUUCCUGUUGCAGCACAGACGCCAUGGAUACUCAUUUACCGAAUGCUCUGAGCGUAUACUCCGUACCACACAGUUAUCAUCCUUACUAUCAUCACUACAUGCCUGACUCGGCGCCAUCUAAUUUAAACGAAGUCGGUGGAGUGAUCAUGCACCCUAAUAGCAAUCUCAACAACGAGACUCACAAUGCAACCGCAAGUACCAGUGCUUCCAGCAACGUUCAACAUUACGAAUCUUCGUACCAACCUCAUUUGAGUCACUAUAAUACUAAUAAUAAUCCCGCGAAGCAUUCCUAUCAUCAUCAAGAACCAACGCCAGCCAGUUAUACCAGUGUGAUCGUAGACUCGCAGCAAUAUAGUCCAAGCUCGGUGCAAGACCUGAUUCACUAUCAACAUCAUUACGAAGCACAUCAUCAGUUCGUUCACUGACACGAACUAGACGCGGCUUGCGCAUAGCACGUCGAUACCAACUGUAACCACGAGUCGUGCUAUUGUGAUACGUCCUCCAGUGGGACAAACAACGAUUUCUUGCAAGAACGCUCGAAUAUCGAUAAUUCGAGGAUAAUGGUGAACGAUGAGCGCGAACAGGUUGUUCAAUGGAAGGCUAAGAUUUGGUGCGUUCGACCAUCGGAAAUAUGGAAGAUUAUUUCGGGCGGAGGAUACAGUGAGAAAUCGUGAACUCUAAGUGAAAUCAGAAUGUCGAGUGAAUGACGAGGAAAUAUAUAGUAGAAAUAUUGGGAAUAAUAAAAAUGUCGCUGAAUAUACUGCCGAAUUUGCGUAAGACUCUAACGAGAAUAGCUGUACAGUUGAUAUAUUUAAGAAGAUGGUAAUCGUUUAAGGAUUUGCGAUCCCGAAGGUUUAUUGUAUCGUAUUGUAGCAUAUUGAAUGACGAUCUUUUAUGAAAUUUGCUGGUCAUUAGGUCUCUUAUACUUUAUUCACAUAUCACUUAAGCUUCUUGUUUGAAGAAUAUACACCUUGUGGCAAUUACGUUAAAUAAUUGCUUCGAGAUUAAUAUAAGUUAAGCUUCGGAUAUUCUGUAGCGGGUGAUUAGGUUCGUGUGGCAAAUGCGAUUUUCGUUUUGUAAGAAUUGUAAGAACGCCUCUUAACAUAUCCAUCUCUUUCUCUUUCAUUCUUUAAGCGUUUAUUUAUACGUAAACCUAUCUAAUCGUUUGAUCGCUAAUGAUGUUCGACAACAUUAGCUAAGAUAACAAUUUCGAUCGUGUAUUUAAUCAAGAUUUUGAUUCAAAUGGUAACGAGAUUCUUAAUUGAACGGAUUCAUCGUAGAAAAAACAGACGGAUUCAAGGAAAUGUUCGAAUCAGCCAAAUUCGAGAUAACAUUAACGGGCGAAAAAGUUCGAUCGAAACGGAAAUUAAAAUAACAGAAAAAGAAAAGAAUUUCUGCGAAUUACACGCUGGACGUGAACAGCUAAAAUUCUUCUCAAACUCGAGACGCCUGAAGUGGAAAAUAACGCGAUCGUGUCUAUGGACGAGUGAUUUUAUACGAUUUAAUUACGCGAAAUGUUCUGUAAAAGUACUAACCCUAGCAUUUAUUCGCCAAUAGGAAAUUACAAGCGUGUAACUGUACAUAAGGUGAAAAGUGAGGAGAUCGGAGGUGAUCCGAACGAGUAGCGCGAGAUACAUACUUAAUUUGUAGACAUGUACAUUACAUAGUCGUUCAUAGCUGGUCGAAACUCUUAUAUAUAAAUACAGUAGAUAUUUCUUAGGUAGACCCGAAGACUGACCGGUGUUUGUACCAACCGACCAAAGAAACACACCCUCCUUCGUAUUAGAAGAGAAAACAAAGGUACAAAUAUCACCGUUGUUAUAUCUUAAUCCGCAUUUAUUUAAAUAUCGCGCGCAUCCGCAAAACCCAAUACUUAAUAAAUAUGAGCAUAGAGUAUUCUGGCGAUCCCAGUUACAUCUUAAUCAUCGAAGUAUUUUAUUAUCGAAAUUCCAUACUAUAGUAACCUUAGGAGUUCCUCGUGGCCGUCACGUUAACACCACGAGGCUAAAUCACAUGUAUAAUACACGUGUACACAUUGCCGAUUGCGAACUACUAUUAUUUAUAAUCGAUGUAAAUUAAAGAAUCGGAGCUACUGUUUGGUAGUUGGGGUGAUGAUCACCGUGUUGUACGAUACGUUACUAUUGUAACCGUUGUAAAUAUUGUAAAAGUGAUAGCGCGCGCGCUGCAUACCUAUUGCGAGAAAAAUAUAAUCGAUAUUUUCCUCUGAUGAUCUAUCUUAUUGCUGUUCUUUUUCUCUUAUUUUCUUUUCGUACAUAGAUCCUCCUCUUUCGAUCAAUAUAUUUGUAUUUAAAUCUGCGUUUAAAUCUACUUCAACGAAUAAAAACUUCAAGUUUUGUUCUCUCUCGUCACGAUUGGAAUUAUUGUAUCUUGAAAGUAACGAGCAAUUGAAAUAAAUCAAUAAAUGAAUCGA